AUGUACACACUUACCCUACUCUUAGGUAAGACCUUGGAGGAGUUCGCCCAAUACACCGCGCAUGUGGAUAUCAUUUAUAAGAAGGGUAAACAACUGCCACCUGAAAGUCCACAUAGACCCACAAAAUCGUUCUACCACAAGGCCCUAGUGGUCAAGCUGUACGUCGAGAAGAGCAAGCGUCUUGGCAAUAAGAGCCAACAGCUUGAAGUAUUCCUUAGAUUAGUCCUGUUCUGCGCCCCCGAGCUCAAACGGGCCAUGAUGUACAUGGUGAAUUUCUACAAGUACCAGAAGAUUUCCCGUGAUUCCCGGUUUGAAUACUUCAAGUACCGAGCGGUGAACUACCUCUUCUACUACCCUAUGAUGCUGGUGAAACUCCUAUUGAGUUUUCAGGGAGAUUGCACGAAGCAACAUGAGGAGAAGAAAUUACACCAUGCAAGGAAAUUGGCGGAGAUAUCCACUCCGUUGGUUGUUUACUUUAUGGGGAUCUUACUGCGCGAGAAGAAGCUUGAUCUCACCCAAGUGAACCACCGGAUCCCAUUAUUCCACAUGGCUCUACACCAUCCGGUGUUUGCGUCCAGUUCCAAUUACCCGAUCAAGCCAACCGACCCGGCCAUCAAGAAGAUUAUUGCUGAGAACCAGAACGAGGUUCAGCCUCCUUUGAAACACACAGGAUCUCCAAAAGACCUGGAAUGCACUACUCCUUAA